AUGUCUUCAUCAUUAGCUAGUGAGCAGAAGCAGAAUGGAGUAUGUCAGUCCGCUGUUAUUGGCGCAGCUCUAGAAAUUCCAGAAAGAGUUCGAGGGAUGACUGAAUUGCAAAAAGAUUUAUUCUUGACUCACGUUACCUUGUGUGCGCUUAGAGUUGAAGCUUCGAAAAUCUCCAUAAUUCAGCGCAAGGUCCGGUUGGAAAAAUAUCUGUUCAAGAAUCUAGGAAGAAUCAAGAGUAUAUCAAAUGCGGAAGAUUCUAAGCACAAGCUUUUGUUAUUUGAACCUUCUUUGAUAAACGACGAAUCUGAUGAGCUUAAGCAGAAGAUAGAAGAGAUGAUCAGGGAGUAUACUGGAGAUAUCGAGUUGCAGUGGGAGUCGCGAACAUUUCCCAUAGCAUUUGAGGAUUGGGACUUGAGAAGAAUACUGAGAUCUGUGCUUCCGAAAGAAUUGGACUUUAGCAGCUACAGUCAGGCUGGACACAUUGUUCAUGUAAAUCUGAGAGAGAACCUGUUGCCGUUCAAAAAGGUUAUUGGACAAAUCCUUCUGGAGAAGGUUGGAAAAUGCAGGACUGUUGUUAACAAAAUUGACGGGAUUAGCAGUGAAUACCGGAACUUUGAAUUGGAUUUGUUAGCUGGUGAGAACAACUACGUGACAGAAUUGAUCGAGGAUGGCGUAAGAUACAAAUUGGACUUUUCUAAGGUUUUUUGGAACUCUCGCUUGAGCCACGAACAUGAACGAGUUGUGAAGAUGUUCGACUCACGAUCAUUGAUCUAUGAUGCUUGUGCUGGAGUAGGUCCAUUUGUCUUACCUGCUGUCAAGAAAGGUCGAAUUUCUCGUGUACUGGCAAAUGAUCUUAACCCAGAAAGCGUUAGGUGGAUGAAAGAAAAUAUGGCUCUGAACAAGAUUCCUUGUGAAAAAGUUGGCAUUUACAAUAUGGAUGCCAUCGACUUCAUUCGUGGACCUGUAGCUGACGAUUUGAAUGAAAAAAUCACCAACGCUGAUCCUGAAAUACAGCCGUCCGGCGCGUAUGUGAUGAUGAAUCUACCGGCAUAUGCUAUAAAUUUUCUUCCUGCUUUUCGCGGAAUGUUAGCCCAUCAGUCUUGUUCUGGAACUUCGCCUAAAUUCCCUAUAAAGACGUUUUGUUACCUGUUUGCGAAG